CGAAUUGUGUGGGUGCAAAAGAUACCAUUAUAAGGACACACGGUGCUUCUAGAGUUUGUUUUCCUCGUCGACUCACUGGCAGGCGGACAAACAUGGGUGAAAAACUUUUACUGAUAGCACCUCUGGUGCUCUUAGCAGUUUUGGAUUCCGCUGUAGAUGCACAACGCUACUACAACUACUACUCCCGCGGCUCGGCGUACGCUCGCAACCUCAACCUGUACGAGCAUGGCCGCUCUAUCUCGGACAACGAGGCUCGCUGCGGCCCCUACACGUGCGGCGUGGGAGCUCACUGCACGCACGGCAGCGUGCGCCCCGUGUGCGCGUGUUUAGCGGGCUACUCCGGCGACCCGCUCGGGCAGUGCGUCAAGAUUGAGUGUGUUGAGAACAGCGAGUGCCGCAGCCACCAGACGUGCGUGAACCAGCACUGCGUGAACCCCUGCGAGGGAACCUGCGGAGUCAACGCCAACUGCGAUGUACGGAACCACGUGCCGGUGUGCUCGUGCCCGGCCGGCUACACCGGGAACCCCUUCGUCUCCUGCAGGAUUGCUGAUCCCGAGGAGGCUUGCCACCCGUCUCCGUGCGGCCCCAACACCAACUGUCACGUCACCAACAAUCAAGCCAUCUGCACUUGCCUUCCUGGAUACUUAGGCAGCCCGCUAGCCGGGUGCCGCCACGAGUGCGAGUCGGACGGCGAGUGCGGCGCGCAGCAGUCGUGCCGCGACUUCAAGUGCGUGAGUCCGUGCAGCGACUGCGGCGUCAACGCCGACUGUGAGACUGUGGCUGCGCAUCGUGCCGUCUGCAAGUGUCCGAGGGGUUACUACGGCGACGCCUACCGCAUCUGCACAGCGGAAUGCUCGUCCGACGGAGAGUGCCCGAGCUACAAGCCGGCCUGCGUCUACAACUCUUGCAUCGACCCGUGUGUGGGCGCGUGUGGCAUCAACGCCGACUGCAGGCUGCGGGGCUUGACUCCUGUGUGCUCCUGCCCUAGGAACAUGACUGGGGAUCCGUUCACGCACUGCCGCCCGUUCGAAGCCAGGGACCUCUGCGAGCCGAACCCUUGCGGUGCCAACGCGAAGUGCACGCCCGGCCACGACCGCAGCGGCGCCGAGCGGCCCGUGUGCACCUGCCCCGCCGGGUACAUCGGCAACGCACUCGUGUCUUGUGAGCGAGGUGAAUGCGAGCUGGACUCGCAGUGCGGAGACCACCUGGCGUGCGUCGGCUACAAGUGCGUGGACCCGUGCCUCGGCAACACGCAGUGCGGCGCCGGCGCCGUCUGCAUGGCCAGGAGGCAUCUGGCUGUCUGCACCUGCCCUUCAGGACACCACGGCGACGCUCUAGUCAACUGCUACGAAUCCAGGUCCGUGGCUGCGUCAGCUCGCACCUACUACCGGUACAAGAGGAACGGCAGCGGAACCAACGAGACCACGACCGAAGUACCCGCCAGCACCGCCGCCGAAGCAACCGAGAGCUCAGAAGAAGCGACCGCAACGACCGAGAAAAAGGAAUAAUGAUGAGACCUUUGCCUAAAAAUAUAAAAUAUUGUCUAUGACUAAGGAUACCGCUCGUUUUGAAAUUUGUGAAUAA